AUGCCGGUUGUUACCCCAGAAAAGCUGGCAACGCUCCAGCAAAAUGCUGAGGAUGUGCGGAACAUUUGCAUUUUAGCUCAUGUUGUAGCCACUAAUGGUAUCAUCUCGCCAAAACUGGCAGGCAAAAUUCGCUAUCUAGACUCUCGGCCGGACGAGCAGCUCAGGGGUAUCACCAUGGAGUCGUCAGCUAUCUCUCUCUAUUUCUCCAUGCUCCGGAGGUCGAGUCCCGAAGCUACCCCUGAGCAAAAGGAGUACCUCAUAAAUUUGAUAGACUCGCCUGGCCAUAUCGACUUUAGCAGUGAGGUUUCGACAGCAUCUCGUCUCUGCGAUGGCGCUGUUGUCUUGGUCGAUGCUGUUGAAGGAGUGUGCAGUCAGACAGUCACCGUCCUACGGCAGACAUGGACUGAGAAGCUGAAACCACUGCUCCUCAUCAACAAAAUAGAUCGCCUGGUUACCGAGCUUAAAAUGACGCCGAACGAGGCAUACAUUCACCUCAGCAAACUUCUAGAACAAGUCAACGCCGUUCUCGGGAGCUUCUUCCAGGGUGAGCGCAUGGAGGAAGACCUAAACUGGAGGGAGCGGAUGGAGGCGCGUGUUGCUGCUUCUGCUGUCAAAGAGGCCAAAAUUGCAGAUCAACUAACAGAUUCUGGCGAGCUUCACUUCGAGGAGCGAGACGAUGAGGAGAUCUACUUCGCCCCGGAGAAGAACAACGUCAUCUUUGGCAGCGCCAUCGACGGUUGGGCUUUCACAGUGCGCCAGUUUGCUGGGCUUUACGAAAAGAAACUGGGCAUAAAACGCCAUGUUUUGGAGAAGGUCUUGUGGGGGAACUUCUACCUGGAUCCCAAGACGAAAAAAGUCCUUGGUCCAAAACAUUUGAAAGGGCGGGCGCUGAAGCCCCUUUUUGUCCAACUAGUGCUCGACCAGAUCUGGGCCGUCUACCAAGCCACCGUCGGCGAUGACAACGGAAAGGGGGACGCUGUUCUUCUCGAGAAGAUUACCAAAUUCUUGAACAUCACUAUCCCCCCUCACAUCCUCCGAUCUCGAGACCCAAAGCUUUUGCUCACAACCGUCUUUGCCUCCUGGCUCCCGGUAUCCGUUGCUAUACUCGUCUCCGUCGUGGAAUCGCUUCCGUCGCCGAGCGCGGCACAAGCUGAACGCUUCCCACUGCUGCUGGAAGACGUUCCGGGGGCAGACCACAUUGACCCCAAGGUCAGGGACGCAAUCGUUUCGUUCAAGAAGGGGCCUUCGGACCCUGUGGUCGCAUAUGUGAGUAAGAUGGUUUCGGUAAAGCAGAGCGAGUUGCCAGAGAACAAACGACGUGGGCCUCUGAGCGGCGAGGAGGCAAGAGACCUGGCCAGGAAAAAGCGUGCCGAGGCAGCGCGCGCUGCACAAAACAACCCGAGUGAGGGCAAUGAUAUGGAUGCCCUAGCAUCUGCCUUCUCUAGCGCUACCUUGGAGCAGAAUGCCCAGGAAGAAGACGAGAAAGAGGCGGAACCGGAGCACUUGAUUGGCUUUGCGCGAAUUUACUCCGGCACUCUCUCCGUCGGCGACGACAUCUACGUUAUCCCGCCAAAGUUCUCGCCAGAUCGCCCACUCACAGAGCCGGUACCUAAAAAGGUGAAGGUGACAGGGCUCUACAUGAUGAUGGGUCGGAGUCUGGAGGCACUCAACUCAGUUCCAGCUGGUGCGGUCUUUGGAAUUCGAGGACUCGACGACAGCGGCAUUCUUAAGUCCGGCACCCUCUGCAGUCAAUCGGAGGGAGCAAUCAACCUGGCUGGUAUUGCAAAUAUCCUCGGCCGCCCGAUUGUGCGCGUAGCCUUAGAACCGGCGAACCCGGCCGAUCUGGACAAGAUGAUAAAGGGUCUUCAUCUGCUUGUCCACAGCGACCCCUGCGCCGAGUAUGAACAAUUCGCGAGCGGCGAGCAUGUCUUGUUGAUGGCUGGUGAUCUCCACCUCGAACGUUGCUUGACAGAUUUGCGGGAGCGGUUUGCCGGUUGUGAGAUUCAGUGCGGUGCGCCCAUCGUACCAUACCGGGAAACCAUUGUCCGCGCCGAAGAAAUGCGUCCGCCUGUCAACAAAGAUCUCGGCCGCGGCGUGGUUGUUGGUGUCACAAGCUCCAAACAAGUGACCAUCACCUUGCGAGCAAGGCCCUUGCCCCAAGAUGUCACCGACUUGCUGCUCAAAAAUGCAGCAAGCAUCAAGAGGCUGUACUCGGAUCGCGGGGCUGCAGAGGCGGAAGGAUCACCGACACAGGAGCCAGUCACAGAAAACGGCGCGGUUCAAGAUGACUCCCCAGAAGCCGACGACGAGCUUAACACAGUCAGCAAGGCCCUCUCUCCCGAGGAGCUUGGGAAACAACUCCAGUCCCAAUUCGACAACGAGAAGGACCGCCUUGAUUCCUGGAAGGGCAUCAUUGACCGCAUCGUCUCCUUCGGCCCGCGCCGCAUAGGCCCCAACCUCCUUAUCGACGCCACCAAAGACCAAUUCCUCCCGAAGGCCUUCAACGCCCAUGGCAACCACAACAACAGCGACAGCCGCCCCUCAGCCAACGAAUCCCUCAGCCCGCAUCACUUCUCCGACAAGAUAGCCUACGCCUUCCAGCUCGCCAUGUCCCAGGGCGCGCUCUGCAACGAGCCAGUCCAGGGCGUGGCCGUGUUCAUCGAAGACGUCUCUGUCACAGGGGCCGAAGGCAGCAGCGGCGAGGAUGCCACCUCAGCGCGCGACCACCUGGGCCGUCUGACGGGCGAAGUGAUCAAGACCGCCGAAGUCCUCGGCCGCGUCUACGACGUACUCACCCGGCGCCGCGGACGCGUCCAAUCGGAAGCCAUGAAAGAAGGCACGCCCUUCUUCACGAUCCAGGCGCUGCUGCCCGUAGCCGAGUCGUUCGGGUUCGCCGACGAGAUGCGCAAGCGGACGUCGGGCGCCGCGCAGCCGCAGCUCAUCUUUGCCGGGUUCGAGAUCCUCGACGAGGACCCCUUCUGGGUGCCCUUCACCGAGGACGAUCUCGAGGACCUGGGCGAGUUUGGCGACAAGGAGAACGUGGCGAAGCGGUAUAUGGAUGGGGUGCGGCGGCGCAAGGGCCUGCUGGUGGAGGGGCGGAACGUGGCGACGGAUGCGCAGAAGCAGAAGACUUUGAAGCGGUAG